UACAGAGCAAAGUCAGAAAAGUUCCCUCCUGUAGAUCAGGACAUGUAUGAUAAAAGAUGUUCGAUAUCCAGCUCCAGCUUUAAACAGACCCUGAUACUCAACCCUGAGUCAGGGUCACAACAGAUCCUCAGCCUCAGUAGAAGCAGCAGAGAUGUCCCAGCAGCAGCAGUAGCGUCCAGCAGAAGCAGCAGAGUGGAGGUGUGUGUGAUGAUGCUGUCUUCGCUUUAGCAUCUGCAAAGUGUUUGCUGCUUCAGGAUGCAGAUCUUGGUGGUGAAGCUGCUCGGCCUGCUGGGAUUGUUCGGCCUCAUGCUGGCCGGUGUACUGGUCCCAGUACGCCUUCUCCUGGUCGACUACGACAAGGCGCACAGGUACAGGAGGGCUCUGUCUCUCUGUAACUCGUUUGGAGGAGGGGUGUUCCUCGCAACAUGCUUCAACGCUCUGCUGCCGGCCGUCAGAGACAAGGUGGCCGAUGUAUUCAGGCAGCUGCAGAUCAGCAGUGAUUAUCCUCUGGCUGAGACGAUGAUGAUGCUCGGUUUCUUCCUCACCGUGUUCGUGGAGCAGGCCGUCCUUACCUUCAGGAAGGAGAAACCAUCUUUCAUCGACCUGGAGACCUUCAACGCUGGCGGCUCCGAGGCUGGCAGCGACUCCGAGUAUGACACGCCCUUCAUCUCCUCAGCGCGGGGCUCGCCGGGAGGUCGCGGGGGCCACCGCUCUCACGGACACCAGCAUGGACACUUCAGCCCGGCCGAGCUGGUUGGGGCGGGGCCUCUGCGGCUGGCCAGCCUGGUCCUGGCAUUGUCAGCUCACUCUGUGUUUGAAGGCCUGGCGCUCGGCCUGCAGGAGGAUGGAGCCAAGCUAGGUGGCCUCUUCCUGGGCGUGGCUGUGCACGAGACGCUGGCCGCCGUCGCCCUCGGGGUCAGCAUGGCCAAGGCGUCGCUUGGCAUGAAGGACGCCGCCAAGCUUGGCGUCACAGUCAGCCUGAUGAUCCCGCUGGGGAUGGUGGUGGGAAUGGGCAUCGAGUCAACUCAGACUCUGGCGGGCAGCAUUGUGUCGGUGGUGCUGCAGGGACUUGCCGCUGGCACUUUCUUGUUUGUCACCUUCUUCGAAAUCCUGUCCCAAGAGCUGGAUGACAAACAGGAUCGCCUCCUCAAAGUGCUCUUCCUCAUCCUCGGAUAUGCAACGCUCGCCGCUCUUGUCUUUAUCAAGUGGUGACAGACAGGAAGUCACUGAGUCACACAGCUAUACCAAAGGAACACACAGUGUCAGGGCGAGCGUCAGAUUCUCAGAGGGAUCCACUCUCAAGUCUGCAUAGGAAAUAUGAAGCGACAGCAGCUGGUCAGUACAGACAUGACAGUGGGAUCAGUCUGAACAUAUGACUCUCAGAGAGAAAAUGUGGAACCAUUGAUUUAACUCCUGUUUAAUAAAGGCAGCAGAAUCCAGCUGUGAGGCAGAAACAUCUGGAGCAGCUUGAUGAAUGAUUCCUGAUGAGAACACAAGCUAUAUUUAACCUGAGCUGUGAUGUUUUUAAACAGAAAUAUAAAGAAUCAGAGUCAGUUAGUCACUGAGACAUUUUUCAGAUGAAACUUAAAGGGGAACUUAACACCCCCACUCCAAAAAAUGAUUUAAAAAUUGUUUUGUAAAAGUUUCUCACUCCAAAAAAGGUGCAUUUGCCUCCUCAUCCAACAUUUACAAAGAUUAUUUGUUAAAUUAUUGUAAAUCCUGUCUUGUGGUUUUCUUCUUCUUCCCUGCUUUCCUUGGUCUGUUGCUGAUAUGACAGGAAACAGACUGAAGACAGAAGUGAACUAUUGUAGGUAACACAUAUACAUGAAAUAUUAUAUUACAUAUGCAGGAAAUUUAUUUCUUGAGGUCUGUGUUUUUUGUCUUAUAGACACUCAGUGUCCACUUCAUUAGGUACACCUGUAGAGUGUCAUCCAAUCAAACUGUACAGGUACAAACUGUAUAGGCAUCAUAAAGGUGGACAUAAAGUCCACCUUUAUGAUGCCUUUGAUGUUCACUUUUUGUCAUCACUGUCAUAAAGGUGUUAAUUUAUUUCUGUGGUUUAACAUUGAGGUUGUUGUCAGUCAUGGUGUUGUACUGGACUCCUGGACGUAUUAUGAGACAUCCUCCUCCCUCCACCUUCUACAUAUAAAUAAGAUUACAACACUGAGAGAGACUAAAUUGCUACAAACCAAGUGGAUAUGUUUUGCGUCUCUUUAUCAUUUGUCUCUUUGUAGUUGUUUAACUACAAAGAGACACAGUUGUUCAGGCUGUUGUUAAGUUAUUCUUUAAUGAAACUCCGCUUUUAUGAAGCUGCUGUGUCCCCCAUAUAAAUACACUGGAGCCUUUUGAGAAUAGUGGAGAUGAAUUCAUGUACAUCUGAUUUUUAUUUUUAUUAUUGGAUGUAUUCAUACUGAUUCAUAUUGGUUUGUUGAACAGUUUUGUAUUUAUUUUUUUGUCUCAUGAUUCUGUUGUGUUUGUUGAAUUUAAACAGAUUAUUGUCAUAGUCUUUAUUAAAACUCUAAAUAGCUUGGUUUAUAUGUUUGUUGCAAACAGUAUGCUUUGCAGCUACAGAUCAACAUGAUCCUUCAUCAGGUGGUCUCUGAGUCCACCUGAUGACUCUCAGUCCAGUGUUCCCUCUCUUUUAGCUCUGUGUUUGGUCUCCACCAGCUCCUGAGGAUAAUAUCUGGCUCUUUAGCUGCUAAAUGCUCCAUUGUGUUCAUCAGCUGCUCUCUGACUUAGUCUGUCUCCUUCUAUCAUCAGUUUCUGCUGAUCCAGACUCUCCCUCAGCAGGUCUCAGCUGCCAGCAUGACAUUAUUCACAGUGAAUGAUGUGGUUUUUCACUUUUCAGUGAAGAAUCUGAGCGUCGGUGUGGAUUCUCGUGGACUUAGAGGACUGAGUCACAGAUUGAUGAGAGCAGCCACAAGGCAACAAACCUGGUAACGACAGAGAUGCAGCAGGAGUUUGGUUGAGAUGUUACAGUGUGACUUCAUGGGGAGCUCACCUGUUUGGAUCAGAGCAAACCAGAGCUCCAGUCACUGGAUGUGGCUUGGAUUUCAUUUAAAGUUCAGUCAUAUCUUUAAAUUAGUGAGACUCAGAAUCCUCGGGGCUUGGAGGUUUAUGUUGCCACAAAGAUCCUGACAAUAAAGGCACAAUGUGACCAUGUGGCUUUAUGUCGGUUUGUGCUGGACUCUGAUUGACUUCCAGCUUCAUCACAGUUGUUUCUUGUCCUUCAGCUCCACAUCCUGAACUACUGGACCUGAUUCAGGUGUGACGCCAGGCUCUGACACCAGCGACUGGAUCAGGACGGAUGCAGACACAGUUGAGA